AAGAAGUAAUUAAUGAUGGGGUGUAUUGAUUGAUAUUUGUUGUAUUUCCUUUUCUUUAAUCCAAUUUCAACCGAAAAUCUAGCGAUGAAGCUCCCAGUGGCGAGUAAAGAUGGUUCUCUCUCACUUCCACUCUCACACAUCGCAUCUCUCCGCCUCCACCUGCCAUCUCCGCCGCCGCAUUCACUUCCUCGCUCUCUCUCAUGGCGGCCUUCCAUCAAACGGAACAUCUCUCUCUCCAACAAUCCGCACCACAAGCCGCUCUCCCGAGUCAUGGCGAUGUCAGCUAGAAUCAACGAUGAAUCUAUAGUUGAAUCUCCAGCAAAGGCUCUCCGGAGGAUUCUGGAGAUGCCUGGCGUCCAUCAAGGUCCCGCUUGUUUCGAUGCUCUCAGUGCUAAGCUAGUCGAGAGAGCUGGAUUUCUCUACUGCUUUACCAGUGGAUUUUCUAUAUCAGCUGCUAGAUUGGCGUUGCCAGAUACAGGUUACAUAUCAUAUGGUGAAAUGUUGGAUCAAGGGCAACUGAUCACUCAAUCAGUGUCAAUUCCUGUCAUUGGAGAUGGUGAUAAUGGAUAUGGCAAUGCAAUGAAUGUGAAGAGGACUGUUAAAGGAUAUAUUCGAGCAGGAUUUGCGGGGAUCAUACUAGAAGAUCAGGUAUCUCCAAAAGCUUGUGGCCAUACACAAGGUAGGAAAGUGGUAUCGAGAGAGGAGGCCGUGUUGCGGAUAAAAGCAGCUGUUGAUGCUAGAAAAGAAAGUGGUUCUGACAUUGUCAUUGUUGCUAGAACUGAUUCUCGUCAGGCAGUGUCCCUUAGUGAAUCACUGAGGAGAGCUAGGGCCUUUGCAGAUGCUGGAGCUGAUGUUCUUUUCAUUGACGCACUAGCUUCAAAAGAUGAGAUGGAGGCCUUCUGUAAAAUUUCACCUAAAGUACCUAAAAUGGCCAAUAUGCUUGAAGGAGGGGGAAAGACACCUAUUCUUAGUCCUCUUGAACUGGAGGAAAUGGGCUUUAAAAUUGUUGCUUACCCUCUUUCCUUGGUUGGUGUAUCAAUUCGAGCAAUGCAGGAUGCACUGCUUGCAAUUAAAGGAGGUCGAUUGCCUUCUCCUGGAACCUUGCCAACUUUCGCAGAGAUGAAGGAAUUAUUGGGUUUCAACUCUUAUUACGAAGAAGAGAGGAAAUAUGCUUCUGCUGUUAGCCAGCCUUCAAUUAAAGUGGACAGUAGCAUAACUAGUCUUCAACGGAAAGUUGAAGAUAAUAAAGAGAAGAAAGGCCAAAGUCCUCAAGGUCCAGCUGUCGAAGUGAUUACUCCUGAGAUAGUCAGAAGCUACGAUGAUGAUGGAUCAAGAGGUCCCUUCUCUGGCAUCUGGUCGCGGAGAUUGAGAGUCAAAAUAACCGGAAGAGAUGGCUUUGAGAGGCUUGAUGUUAGAAUUCCUGCAGGGUUCUUGGAUGGACUAACAAACAUUGUUCCAGCUUUGGGAGGUGUAAAUAUCAAAGAACUGAUGGACGAUGCAGCUGGAGAAGUGGGAGGGAAACAGUUGCUGGAUUUUGUUGAUGGCAUGGGUGACCGAAUUGAGGUCUUCUUGGAGUAACUUCAUUUUAUUUAUUGCAACUGUCAUAAAAAUCCCAGAGUGAAUGAAGCAGCUCCGAUGAUCGGGUGUGGCCUCAAUAAUUGAAGCACGAAUGUACGGCCAACUGCAUCAGGGUGGCUGCAUUAUAGCUAUUUGAUGCAAGAAAAUUUCACAUCUUACAAUGGAAUGGCCGUACGAGUUGUACCCUUUUGUUUUCAUUCGUUUGGGAAGGAACAUUUCCCUUGGGCAAGACUUAAUGCUUACUCAAGUUAUGAAAUUAAUUGAACACAAAUAAACACCUUGCUUGGAUAA